ACCACGCACUACCACCACGCACGCUAGUGCUCACAUUGUAUCGGUGUCUCCUCGGCACCAUUGCUCUAACGUGUUCCCUCAGCUACAUAAGAGACAAACACCCUAUAACUGGAGACGUGUGAAUGUGUAUCAACUACAAUUUAGCAGAAGAAAAUAUAUUGAAUACUGUGAACUGUUAUACAUCGUUGCUUUGUACUGUGAACAUAUAUUGUAUUUAAGUAAACUGUUAACAUAAGUCAGAUAAAUAUAAGAUGCAAGGAAGAAACUCUCCCUGUUCAAUGUCACAACGCCAAACACACUUCCCACAACAUAUCGUCCAGGAUAACGAGAUUAAAACUCAGCAUGUGCUUCCAGAAGCAGCGGAUCAGGAAUUACAAGCACUUUGUAUAAGAAAGGAUGAAGAAGUAGUGGACACACUGCAGCUGACAAUAACAGAAGAAAUAUGUGAACACAGAGAAGAGGAUGACACAGUCGUGAUAGCCGGUCCGGACGGCGGCUGGUCUUGGCUGGUUCUCUUGGGAUCCUUUGUUGUCAUGACGCUUGUGUCGACGGUGGGGCCGUGCUUCAGCCUGGUAUUCUCCAGCCUCUUGCAUACGCUGGGGUCCUCCUCCACCACUGUCGCCUGGAUCUUCAACACCUUCAGUCUGGUAUGGAACGUGACGGGACCGGUGGUGGGGCCGCUGACCAGCGAGUUGGGUCACAGGCGGGUCGCCAUGGCCGGCUCCAUUAUGAUCGCUGCUGCUCUCAUUGCCUCAUCCUUCGCCUCAUCCGCCUGGCACCUCCUCCUCUCGUUCUCUUUUCUCGGAG